AUGCUCAAACAAACUUGUUUCGCUUUCUCGAAAAAUGUCACAAUACUUCCAAUACCUUACUUCCUACAAAUUCGUAAUUUCCACUACAAACGCCGCAAGAAAGUUCGCAUACCUAAACCGAAACCACCAAUGAAUCUCCCAACCGAUCCCGACUUUUAUGCUGGACGAACUGGUCUAAUUCGAUUCGAAGAAUACUACCACAAUACCCUUGCAGAAGAUCUUAUGGUAAUGACUUAUAGACACAAGACAAAAGAAAUGAUAAAAGCUGAAGUUGAGGAGCGCGCUCGACAAUUGCAAGCGGCUGACGAAGCGGCAGCGGCAGCGCUGGAAAAUCCAUACUUGAAGAAUAGACCAACACCCCCACCAAGAGGGAAGAAAUCGAUCAAGCCUAAAAGACCAUCGAGUUCGGUGAAGACUAUACCGCAAUUGGACAAGAUCGAUUUACAUUGUAUGGUCAAGGAGAGUCUACAGAGAAAGGAGGCGUUGUUGAAUGGGAUAAUGGCAUUGUAUUCUAUUACUUCCGAGCUGCCUACGGUAGUUUAUUCCAAGCAUGGUGUUGCUAAUUGGAAAUUAAGACCGGGUAAGCAAAUUUGCGUGGAAAUGAUGCAAUUCAUUCUGUUUUUCUUUUUGGAGAAUUUAACGUUUGAUCUACCCAAAGGAAUGCCUAUCGCGUGCAAAGUAUCUCUCAAAGGUGCAGCCAUGUACGCAUUUCUCGACAAGUUAAUUGAAAUUGUUUUACCAAGGACGAGAGAAUGGCAUGGUUUGCCCGCUAAUGCAGGAAAAGAUGGAAACAUUGCUUUUGGAUUGCCAUCACAAGCGGUACCAUUGUUCCUGGACAUUGAGAUUAACUAUGAAAUGUAUCCAAUUAUACCCGGAUUCGACGUCGUUUUCAACACAACAGCAUAUACCAAUCCAGAAGGACGUCUUUUAUUAAGUGGAUUUCAGAUACCGUUUCAAUCAGCUCAGAAACGUUAG